CACAGGGCUGGCACAGUGAUGUGCUGGCAGCGUGCUGCCGAUGGGUAAACCUCCCCGUGCAGCUGCAGGAGGCACGAGCUGUGCUGGCUGCGGGCGCUCAGCCCGCCCCGAGCUGCUGCUGUGCUGCUGCUGAGCACCAGGGCUCCUCUGCACAGCUCCUCUCCUCUCCGUCUGGAUGGUGAGUGGGCUUGGGACCUUGUGUGGGACCCUGGGGGUGUGGAGGGCUCUGAACCCUUCGGGGCAGCCCUGGGUGCAGGUUGCUGCUAUAGGGGAACCGGAGGCGGCCCUGGUGCCGUUGCCAUGGGAUCCAUCAAUGACUGAGUGCCGGUGUAUGUAAAUACUGCUGUAAAUGAUUGAGGAGAAGGUGAUGCGUGAGAGCGGGGCUGCGUGCUGCCAGCCUGGCUGCCUGCUUUAUGUGAGAAAUAUGCUAAUUGCCUGCUUUGGUGCGUUUGUGCAAUUAGCCACGCUGCAAGCACGGGCUCUGAGCACAGGAGAGCAGGGUUUAACCUGUUGUGCCCACCUGGAUGUUGGGGAGGCUGUACAAAACACAGCUGUUGAGCUGAAGCUUGGCUUUCCUGCCUUCCUGGCUUUCCAGAAGCAGAAGUUUCUCCUCGGGUUGAAUUUUAGUGGUAAUUUGUUUAUUCACUUGGACUGCUCGUUUAUUUAUUUGGAUAGUUUCCUCACCAGUAGUGACACAUCUCACUGUGCACGACCAUGGGAGACCCGAUUCAAAAGAAGCAAAUUGGAGCUGGGAAACCUUCCUGGGAUUUCUCCCCGUGUCACAGGCGAGAGAUAAAAGCUCCUUCGCAGCCGAGGAAUGAUUUCAAAGCAUUUUGCAAUGAUUGAAGGAAACUUGAGGCUUCUGCCCAGUAAUUAAUCUGCGGUGCUGGUGAGUGGUGUGUCACAGCCCUCGCUGCUGGCUUGGCCGGAGCGUGGUGUGUGAGCAGCCAGCCUGGGAGCUGUCAGCUUGCAUUACGCUGUGCAGCACGGAGCGCUUGAAAUCUGCUCUUAAAUGAGCAGAAAAGAGCGUUUAGCAAUGCAAAUCCUCAGGCCGGAGCAGCAAAUGGAUUUUGAACUGGGCAGACAAACACGUUGGGAAGUUAAGGUGGUGUUUGCUGCAAGCAUCCAUUUUGUGUCACGGCACCGGGCCUGCUUUGUGCUGGCUCCCUCGUGGAGUUUUCUGCCGGUUGCUUGCAGUGUUUGUUCUCCUGUGUGUCAGUGUGUGCUGCAAGUCUGCCCCAGCAUUGUCUGCCUUGUCAAACUCAUCAUCUUCCCAGCCCUUCUCCAGCUUCACUGAUGGCAGAGCGUGCUUUUUAUUCACGUCGAGGCAGCAGAAUCGGAGAGCGUGCUCCUGCUUAGGAGGGGAAUAAAGUUUUGCUGCCAGCUUUUAAAUCUGUAUCCUCCUAAAUGCGCUUAGCAAUCUGCUGAUGUGAGCAGCACGAGGGUUUUUUUUUUUAUAUUUAAAGUGAAUUAUUAUUAUUAUUAUUAUUAUUUUUUUUAGGAUGAAAGUAGUUGAGGAUGUGAAUGGUGAGGGAUGGAUGAAAUUAAGCAGCAGAAGCACUGAUGGCAAUCUGCAAAGCUUUAAUGUGUUAAUGUGGCUGGGCAUUAUGCAUAUUUAGCAGCAGCCUGGUUUGAAUCCUGGAGAAGGAGCAGGGGUGUUCUGACUCCUGUCGUGAUGCUGUUCUGCUGCAAGUGAUGGCUGGGACCGAGCAGUGCUUUGAAGGAGAUGCUGACAGCUAUUCUGCUGCUGCUCGAACUCCAUCAGCUAUAAUUGCCCCCGAAUUUGGUAUCGGUUUAAAAACAAAAUACUGGGAGGGUGGGUUAAAGAAUGAUGUUUGUAAAAUCUCCCAGCUUCGCGUCGGCCUUAUUUUGCCUUUGUGAAUUAUUCAGUUAUUCAAGGCUGCUGUAGCACUGUGUUUAAUAUGUUUUAAAUGACAUUGAAUCCGUUAAUACGAUGGAGGAGGAAGGCUGGGUGCGCUAAUAAUUAAUCCGUGGGGGGGAAGAGCAGAAGAUAAGCUAUUGCCAUGGAUGGAACAGCUUGUUUGGUGGGAGCAGGCAGCAUCUAGCAUCCCCUGAGCGUGGCUUUGGCCACCCAGCCCAGGAGCUCGGCAGGUGUCUGCAGCUCAAAUAGAGCCAGGCAGGACAUUAAACUGUCCAACAGCUGUUAGAGCCCACAGGCAAUCAGCCCCAAAAUGAGCGCAGGGAAGAAAGUGGCGACCAGGUGCUGCCUGGAAAAGUGCUCCUGCGCUUUGCAACUGCGAAUGUGAUGCCAUCUUCCUCCUCCUGCCUUGGCAGAGUGCCUCUGAGCGCUGCCACAUGGUGCAAGUCGGAGGGAGGCUGGCCCAGCAGCACGCUGAAGGCUGGGAAAUGUCGUGUGCUCCUCUGCGGGUGUCUUGGAGUUCUGCAAGCAAUGGGAAGGCUUAGCACUAACAGAGCAAAAGGAGCUUAUAAGAACAGCGCAAGGGAGAAGAAAGGAUGCCUUCACCUGGGUGUCCCUGGUGUUGGGGAGAAGGGAGGGCAUCCAUCUAUCUUCUCUCUGGCCAAACGUGCAUGAGACCUGACAGGAGCAGCAGCCUGCCUUCCUGGCACCAUGAGGACAUAUCCUCGAUGCAAGGUACCUUAGUAAUUUGUUGCAUUAGGAGGCUUCCAUUAGUGCCAACUAAUUACAGGGGCCACGUUGGGUUCGAGUCGCAAUUACAUUGUCCGAUGGACGGUAAUCAGCUUUAACACACGUCUUCCGUGUGUGGGAGACGUUUAAUUGCUUGCUUUUCUUGACAAAGAUGUUGCUGCUUUCCCUAAUUGGGUUUCCCUGCCUUCUGCAAGCCCCUCCGUGCAGCCCACAGCCCUCCAGCAGGAGGGUGCAGCCUCUCACCUCUCCAUGCACUGCCUGUGGCAUCAGCACUCCCCAGCAGCAUUGCUAAUGGCAUCUUGCUCCCAAGCAAAUACUCUCCAGUGGUGCUAAAUGCUCACGGUGCUCUUAUGCCUGUGCAUGCAUGCACAGAAUAGUUGAUGCUUCUAGUUUAGCUUAAGGUGUCUACUCUGAGAGUUCCUUUUAUUUAGAUGUUUAGCAAAGCCGCUCACGCGCGGUGAGCCGUGCCGCUCUGUGUGUGCGCAGGCUGCUCUGCAGUGCACGCUGCUGAAUGGGUUUGGGUGUAAAAAGUAUCAUCAGCAAAACUAUUGUUCGUGCUAAUUGCUAACUGGAUGGCCGCGUGUUUGCAGGAAUUUUUGGCCACGCCGCUGCCAGUUGCUUGUUGGAAAAGCACUUGUGAAAGGGUGAUGCUGGCAGCGCUGUGUUUGGGAAUGGCGGGCCUGGGAUGAAUAGCACCAACGUUUUAAAGCAGCUACAGCGCAGCCACAAAUCCACUGCAAACACUGAGCGUGUACGAAGCAGGUGUUGGGAAGGUCCGGACGAUGCUUGGAGGUGUUUUGCUCAUAAACCAUUCUUCCAGGUGUGAUGAGGUCUGUCUGGGGGGUGAUUUAAUGGUCCUCAUCUGAGCAGCUCCUUUGCCUGCCGUGAUGCUGUGUGGUCAGGAUGAAUGGUGAUGUGUGGCGUCGUUGUCAGUCCCGGCACGUCCUUCCUAAUUUAUUUUCAUUACAUGGAUGCCCUUACUGUGGGACAGGCGUAACCCAUCUAUAAAGCAAUCACUAUAAAGCAAUCACUGUGUUUGUACACGGGUGGAUGCAGCGCUCCUCCCUUUGCAGCUCCGCAUCUCUGGUGUCCAGCACUGCAGGUGGAACCAGGACCAGUCGUGCUUCGUGCACUGACUGCCCCCGCUCAGCACUGUGGUUUGCAACGUGGUGCUCAGUGAGGCUUCGAGGCCAGCUCAGGCUGCUUCAGUGCUGUCCCUUGCUUUCCUAGCACUGGAGCUCAGUACGACAUCUGACCUACAAAGGUGUCCAUGAUUUCUCAGCAAGUGAACCUGCUGAGUGAGCCUUCAUUGAGCAGAGAUUUCCUUAGGCUUCUUGAAUGCAGGCUUCAUCCUGAAUAUAUUUACCUCGAGUAAACAGUGGCAUUUUCUUGUAGGUUUUGUUAAGGGUGAUUUCGUUUUGGCAAAAGCUCUAUCCAAAUCUUCAACCACAACUGAACCUCUGCCUGUUUGCAGAGCAGCUCGGGGCUUCCAGCCUCAGGGUGUCAGAAUAUUCCAGAUCAGAAGGCUUAAUUCAGAUUAAGGUUUAAUUUCUCUAGUUGCGUGCGUGGAACAGAGUGGGAGGAGAGGCGGGCAGAGCUCCUCGGGUGACCCAUGGCCUGCUCUGUCCUGUUCAGCUGCGGCACUUGUUUGGAACUUGUGCUUUUGCUGUGCAAGUGGAUGAGAGUCACGCAGAGCCUACGCAGAACAUCCUCUGCGUGGGCUGCCUUGCUGCCCCAGGGUCCCGGACAGCACUUCUUGCCGUUGGAAAACACGUGUUUUUGGAAAAAGAAAGCAUCAGUUGAGUCAUACCCAAUUUGCUGCAAGUCAUACUCGAAAGGUCAAGUGUGCUGCUGUGUAGCUAAGCAUCAGAGUGUCCUCGGGAUUGAGUUCAUGUUCAGAAUGAUUGUGAAAGGCUUUUGCUUUUUGUGGUCUUUUUGCUUGUAAAUAGAAUUUCUGCAUACGCUGAUUGUUUUGGAGACGCUCUGUAAUGAAGGAGUCCUGAAUUGAAUUGGACUCUCAGAGCUUCGAGUUUGCUUUGCUUCUCCCCAGAAUAGCAAACUUGGUUGCAUCCUUCUUGUUUGUUCCUUCAUACUCUUAAAAGAAAUCUUCCUUGCCUUGCUUCCACGAGCCCAAUAGCUGCCUGCCUUUGCGGGGGAGGAAGAAUUGGGCUUGUUGAUGUUUCACAGCAGUUUGCUUAAAAUAGGAAAAAAAAAAAACCCACCCAACUCCUACUUCUGCAAAGCAGGAGCUGCUUUGGAAAAAACAGGUAAGCAGCAAAGGAAUUUCUUUUAGCAACAGGAACGAACGUACGAAGCGGCGCUGACUUAACCUGCGUUGGAAGAGAGUGCUUUUCUCCCGGUGCUGUGUGUGCCAGCACGGAUCCCUGGCACGGGGGGAUGCUGAUGUGAGGUGGGUUGGCUGUGGUCUGUCCCAGCCAGAGCUCCUCUCCUGGAGCUCUUGGAGAGCAGCUGAGUGUGGGGAAGGUCUCGGUUCGCUUUGUGUCGUAGCUGCUUUGUGGUGAGUGAAAUUCUAUGCGGUGUGACAGCUGCGGGCGUGUGGUAAACACGUGCAAGCCGGGAGAGAAAGCGAGUUCUUCCUGACAUCUACGGCAAAGCGCCCGUGGGUUAACGGUGUAAAAUGGGAUGUGAGGAGCGAGCAGAAGGAGAAGGCCACGGGCUGCGGGGCUGGAGCGAGGCCAUGCAUGUUGUGCUCCCCCCGGGGGCUCCCGCAGCGCUGCCCCUUGCAUUGCACGCUGCAAGGCCAGCAGAAAAUGGGGCUGAGGAGGCAAAGGCUGGGGAGGCACACUGCUUCCCUGGGGGGGUUGUUCCACAGUGUGGCUCUCAAAGCUGCUGCCUGCCUGGGGAGGGGAGAGCAGCCUUGAGUGAGGCAGCGUUCCCAGGCUUCUGUCCACCUCCGUGGUGUGUGUUUGGUGAUGCUGCUGCAGAGAGCAGCUCCAGUUGUCUCUGAAGGGCUCUGAGCCUGAGCAGAAGUGCAGAGAGGUUAUGUUGUGGAGAGCAGUAAGGUUGGGUUGCAGCUUUCUGUUCUGUAAGUUUGUAGGAGUUUGGGAGAAAUGCUGAGGGUCUUGUUAGAGGAUGUGAGUUUGGUGCAUUACAGCAGGAAGAGCAGCCGGUGUCUGUUUUGUGGAGCGGACCAACAGGUCUGCAGAUGGCUCCUCUGGGUUAGCAUCGACUGCAAAUCCGCUUUUGGAGCAGAAUGCUGUCUCUUCAUGAAGCCUCUCCUCGCUUGGAUGUAAGAAAUUGUGGUCGGGAUGUCUUCUGUCCACUGGCUGGUUCCAAAGGCUGGCGGCUAGCAGGCUCAUCAGCAGGAACGGCGCCGCUGGGAUAUCUGCGUAACCUGUGAUUUCUGGGGUUUAAGAACCACAUUUAUUGCUGUAACUCAGCUGGUCCAGUUCUGGUUACUGCGCAGAGUGAUGCUGUGAUGAGAGGGACUGUGCGAGCCCACGGAGAAGCCGCUGAUCUUGGAUGGUGAGUGGGAUUCUGAGAAGGCGGCAGGAUGGAGCAAAGCCACGGCCCGUUAGGCUGGGUUGGAAUUAAACCACCCUCUCCAGGAAAUGAGGUAAAACGGUCCAUCCCCAAAACAACAAAACCAACCAGCAGUCCGUGCUGAACUGGAAUCUCAGAACUCAGCAGAGCACAGCAGCAGUGCGCAGCGAUGCUGCACCUCUCCCCAUGCAGCGGUCGGCGGUGCUCCCUGAGCUGCUCCUUCUAAGGACAGGGCUCCUCUGGAAGUGCUUUAUCUCCUCUCAGCAGUUGUUCUGACCUUUCCCUUUGCUGCUGAUUUCUGUGUGUGUGUGUGGUGGCUGUUUAACAGCAAUCACCUUCGGUAUUAAAUAAUGCAAAUAAACCCGUGGCUGUCAGCGCUGUGCGGGAUGACUCGCAGCUGGAGCAGUUUGCUAUCGAGCGCCUUUCAGCUCGCUUUUAUAUCACUUCUAAUUUUACUCUGCCCUCCUUUUUUUUUCAUCAGCUCUUCUAAGGAGCUGAAGUAGAAAGGAUUUAAAAAAAAAAAAAAAGUAACUAAAAGGAUCUCUCUCUCUUAUGCCUUAUUACAUGCUCUCUGCAUUCGUGAGCUGCAUUCCGGAAACCAGAACUGAAGUUACUGUGUGCAGUGCAUAGAAGCUGGCACUGCCUUUGCUGUGAGCUUCAAUGAAAGCAGCAUCUGUGCAAUAGCUUGGGCUCCCCGUACCAGUGCUGGGCUGCCUGAAAAAUCCUGGAGCCAGAAGGUUUGCAAGCACAUGGGCUGGGGUUAGUGGCAGUCUGAACACAAGCUCUGGGGACAGGUCGAGCUGGAGGGUUCAGAGCUAUGGGCUUGGAGACCUGUGGCCCCAUGCAUAGUACAUGUCUGGGGGGGGCUGGCCCUAGAAUGAGGGACCUGUGCCUGCUCCUAUGGGACAGCAUGGGAACACUGGGAAGGUACCGGGAAAGCAAUUGCAGUCUGAGCUUCAGAAGCUUCCUGGGAAUUUCUCUUUAUUGAAGUUUUCCAGUGCUUGUUGUUGUGUAGGUCAUUCCCUUUGGAAGGGGUUAAUUUUGCUGCAGCCUUUAAUUCAGCAGCUGCCAUCGGUAGCUCUGCCCGAGGAACUGUCUGUGCACCGUGCUGGCAUUUGCCAUGCAGUUAAAACAGGGCACUUUUAGCCAGGUCCUGUGACUUAAAGCAUGUUUUAUUUAUCUGCUAUAAAGCACUGUGCUCCUUAACCUUCGCUUUUUGCACGGGGAAAGAAGCAGCAAAGUACCUUUGAAAUACGUAGGAGUGUGAAUGGUUCGUGCUGAUAGCAAACAGCGCAGCAAAGCAGCGGGUUUGGAGUUUGCAGGAGCCUGAGCUCCAAGGAGAGCUCUUUGGAGCGGUGCAUGGGGAUGCUGCAUGCAAGCAGGCAUGCCAAAUCCUUGCCAGAUGUCUGAGCUGUCGUUUGGAGCACGCUCUGUGCUGAAUUCUUGUAGGCAUUGUCAUGAGCUGGCAGCAGAAGUGCCUGCAUCUCUCUGCUCCGUGGCUCUGUUGUUUGUGCAGUGCUGAUGGGAAAGUAAACCCGGGUCCCCGUGGUACUUCCAGCUGCGGUGUCCCAGUCCCAGAAAGGUGUUGUGUGGGACGACUGGAGCUGCGGAACGUGCUGCUGAUGUUCAUGGGAUUGUGUGAGAUGACAUUCAGACGUCCCUGAUAAGCCAGGAGCAGCGCUGGGAAGAUGUGAGAUGAUGGUGAAUACUCUCAUUUUGAUCCUAACCUCUGCGUUUUGCCGUCGAUUUGCAGUGAGGACGCAUUGCUGAUGGAAGCAGCGGCGGUGCUCUCCUGUAGCAGCCAGGCCGCUCUUUGGGGCUGACAGAGGAUCUCAUGGUUUUGAUGUUGCCCUCACUUCUUCAAAGCGAGGAGAGCAAAGCUUCAGGCUUUGUGUUUUAGUUCCCUCCUCGUGGGUUUGUAGUAGAGACAGGUGAAUGUGUAAGGGGUCCGGGUGACUUCCCGCCCAGCUCAUUGCAGCUGACACCAGGCCAAGCUCCCAGGGAGGAGUUCCCCUUGCACCAGCUCCGUGUGCCCCUGUCCCCUGCUGCUGGGACAUCCCUGCGUUCAGCUGGGCGCGUGGCUGGAUGUCAUCUGUCCGUUUAGGAAGCGUGUGCUGUACGCUGUGAUGCUGCAGCUGCCCUGUCCUUCCCUUUCAUUCUGGUUUGGCUGCUCCUUGACUCUGCCUUAACGCGUUGCCACCUUCGAGAUAAAGGUUCUUGUGGCUGAUGGCAGGCUUCCGUCAGCAAAGCUGUCUGAGGGUGUACAUCAGCGCACCCGUCCUUCAGGCCUGGUGCUGCUCAGAACCCGUGUGUAUUCUUCAGACUUGAACACUUCUUCAUAGCGAUUCUGCACUGCAGAGCUCGCACACGGGUGCUGGGACGUGCCGUGCUGUGAGAAUCGCAGCUGCUGACUGUUCCGCAUCGCACUGACUCCACCGAUCACUUAAAAUAACUUCUGCCCCCAAAUCCCUUUUGUGCUCAGAUGCUGAUCUGCUGGGAAAGGGCAGCUGCUGCCGCGCGGGCCCGGCACGGGCAGAACGCAUGAGCUGUGCUGCAGAGCAGAGGUAUGGUGUGAAUAUGCGUUGCUUGGCAGCUCGGGUCAACUACAAGACUCUGAUCAUCAUCUGCGCUCUCUUCACGCUGGUGACGGUGCUGCUGUGGAACAGAUGCUCGUCGGACGGGGCCGGCCCCUUCCCCCGCAGCCCGGGUGGCCCCGAGCGCCGCGCUGCCGCCGCCAGCAAUGGCCCCGCACGCGACAUGGCCAAGCAGAGCGAGGAGGCAUCGCCCCAGGAGCAGCAGAAGGCUCCCCCCGUCGUGGGAGGCUUCAACAAAGCCCCGGGGCUGAAGUAUGAGGAGAUUGACUGUCUGAUCAACGACGAGCACACCAUCAAAGGGAGGAGGGAAGGCAGCGAGGUCUUCCUGCCGUUCAGCUGGGUAGAGAAAUACUUUGAGGUUUAUGGGAAAAUUGCUCAGUACGAUGGUUAUGACAGGUUUGAAUUCUCUCAUAGCUACUCCAAAGUAUACACACAGAGAGCACCUUACCACCCGGACGGGGUCUUUAUGUCCUUCGAGGGCUACAACGUAGAGGUUCGAGACAGAGUGAAGUGCAUAAGUGGUGUUGAAGGCGUGCCCUUAUCCACGCAGUGGGGACCUCAGGGCUACUUCUAUCCCAUCCAGAUCGCUCAGUACGGGUUGAGUCACUACAGCAAAAACCUGACGGAGAAGCCCCCGCACGUCGAGGUGUACGAAACGGCCGAGGACAAGGACAGGGGCGGCAGGGCCGCCGAGUGGACCGUGCCCAAGGGCUGCUCCCUUUCCACGGUGCCCGAUAAAGCCAAGUUCACCAGUGUGAAGCAGUUUGCUGCUCCAGAGAGCACCGAGGGCGUCUCCCUGCAGCUCGGCAACGCCAGAGAUUUCAUUAUUUCUUUCGAUCUCAAGUUCGUAACGAACGGGAGCAUUUCCGUGGUGCUGGAGACCACGGAGAAGAACCAGCUCUUCACCGUGCACUACGUCUCCAACACGCAGCUCAUCGCCUUCAGGGAGCGCGACAUCUACUACGGCAUCGGGGCCCGCACCAGCUGGAGCACCGUCACGAGGGACCUGGUGACCGACCUGCGUAAGGGCGUGGGGCUGUCCAACACCAAGGCCGUCAAGCAGACCAAAAUAAUGCCCAAGAAGGUGGUGAGGCUGAUCGCGAAGGGGAAAGGCUUCCUCGACAACGUCACCAUAUCGGCCACCGCCCACAUGGCGGCUUUCUUCGCGGCGAGCAACUGGCUGGUGAGGAACCAGGACGAGCGGGGCGGCUGGCCCAUCAUGGUGACCAGGAAGCUGGGGGAAGGCUUCAAGUCCUUGGACCCGGGCUGGUACUCGGCCAUGGCGCAGGGCCAGGCCAUCUCCACGCUGGUGCGGGCCUACCUGCUGACCAAGGAGCACGCCUUCCUCAGCGCCGCGCUGCGGGCCACCGCGCCCUACAAGCUGCCGUCGGAGCAGCACGGCGUGAAGGCCGUGUUCAUGAACAGGCACGACUGGUACGAGGAGUACCCCACCUCGCCCAGCUCCUUCGUGCUCAACGGCUUCAUGUACUCGCUCAUCGGGCUCUACGACCUGAAGGAGACCGCCGGGGAGAAGCUGGGCAAGGAGGCACGGCUGCUGUACGAGCGCGGCAUGGAGUCCCUGAAGGCCAUGCUGCCGCUCUACGACACCGGCUCCGGGACCAUCUACGACCUGCGGCACUUCAUGUUGGGCACCGCUCCCAACCUGGCGCGCUGGGACUACCACACCACCCACAUCAACCAGCUCCAGCUGCUCAGCACCAUCGACGAGGCCCCGAUUUUCAAAGAGUUUGUCAGGAGGUGGAAGAGCUACCUGCGGGGCGGCAGGGCAAAGCACAACUAGAGCUGACAACCAAAGCCCUCGUGCCUGCUGGCGGCGAAGGUUCGGGCUCCCGGAGCUCGGCGGGGGGGACGCUUGAAAAGGUUGCAUCCUAAAUUUGUACGGACCGUUUCAAAGAAGUGAUCCUUAAAACUGAUCUCCUGAAAUAAUUGCAUUCCAGUGUGAAAAUCUUUGGGUCUGAUGGGCAGGAAUGGGGGACUGCAGCUCGCUCGCUGUCCGUAGCGCUCCACCGUGACGUGACCUGCACGAAGCAAAACCCGUCUGUGCUCUGAGCUGGGGGACGAUUUUCUUUUUCCUUUCUGCAGGAAAACAUUGACGGAAGCCAUACAGCUCUCUAAAGUCCAGCACUUGCCUGAAAAGUUAGUACGUGGCCUCUUUUAAAAUGGAGCUAUUUGUGUGUAUGUUGGAGCAGCGUCGCCGGUGGUGUGGUGUGAUGCCGUAAACGUGUAUUUCCUUGUAGCCUGGGUAGUGGACAGCGUAGCUUUUUCGAGGUGUUCCUUUCUGUACGGAUUCUUUCCCUGGGGUGACACGCUCUUUUCAAUUCUCUGUCUGGAGAUCCUGUAGCCGUGUGGCUUCGUGUCGCACCACGUAAGCACAAGUCGGUGCCCUCUCCUGGGAGCCAGGCGCACGCCGUGUGCUGGCGGCACGUCCCCCCCCCGGCCGCUGGAGUCUCUUCUCGUGGAGCCCGAUGUUCUGUUCUGUAUUUUUUCAUCACAUCUGAGAGGUUUCUGUCAGCGUGGGCCACUUCGUUCUGUCGGAGAGCUGCGUUCAGUUCCCAGGUGCGGCGUGGAGCUCGUUUCGAGGAGCGCGCGGGAAACUUAAUGGGAAACGGUGAGCGAUGUCCGAUGGGGAUUUUCAUUUUUAACCUGCUUCCGGAGAUCCAGCACUUGAAAAAUGACAGUCAGCCCAUUGGGCUCUCCAGCUCCGUCUGUGCUUUAGCAGCGCUCGGCCUCUGCCACUUGAUGCCGUGGUCUGUGCAGUCACCAAACAGAAUCCCAACGCUUCCACUGUGCCGGCGUCACACCGAGAAGCAGGCAGUCUGCGUCUCGUCUUCGUGAGCCCAUACCCCCACCAGGGUCCUGCCUUCGCAGCACGGAGGGUUCUGGUGGAUCCAGAAGGGUGAAAGCGACUGGUGGCAUCAUCGGAUGGGAACGGUUGGGUUUGGUAGCGCUGCAAACACCGGCUCGUCAGCUCUGUGCAGGCAUGCUGGGCUUCACUCUGCCAUCCCAGGCACGAAUGCUCCCGACGUGUCCCGGCGUGCUGCGCUCACGGAUCGCCGCGGCGUUUUGCCAAGGAUCCCAUGGUGCACCCUGGGUGGAGGUUUGCUUCGGCUUCGGGCGCUCCUACGGAGGACAGAGCUGGUUCAGGCCACGGGGAGGCUGGGCACGAGGACGGCGUGCGCCUUGGUUUUUCUUUGCUUUUCUUUCUUUCUUUUUUUUUUUUUUGUAAUGCUUUCUCUCUUUUUGCAGAUAUUCGAAGCGCGUUUGUAAUGGCUUGAUCUCUGCAAACGCGUGCACUGGGAUCAUACCAGUGAGCGCGAAAAGCGGAUGUCGCAGGAGAAAUCUCAAUACCAAAGUUAGCAGAGGUGAUUUUUAUUUUUAGUGUGGGGUUUUUUUUGUCUUUUUUUUUUUUUUUUCCUUUUACGUGCGUGCACAGAAAAAAAAACAACCCAAACAACGUGCUUCCUUCCAGCGACCGGUCCUCACUGCAAGCAGAAGCAUCUCCCCCCGCUCGUCCCCUCCGUCUUUUGCCCAUUUGGGAUCUGGGGAACCAAGAGAGACUUCCAGGGCGCUGCUCCGCGGCGGUGCCGGUGCCUUACCGAGGCCACCGUGUCCUCUUUUUUUCUAUUAUAAUUUUAUUUCUUUUCUUCUUGUUUUUAAUAUCGGGUUGCUCAUGGCAGUGACGGUCGCGUCCGGGUGGGUCAGCCCCGGAGCAUUCGUGGCAAUGCCACCGCGCUGGGCGCACCGCGUCCUUAACCCCCCCCCCCCCCGCCCUCUGUUGGCCCGGGGGCCGUGGAGCCGAAGGGAGCUGGUGCGAGGGUUCCUCUUGGGAUUGUGUUUUCCAAACAGAGCUGUGCGCUGGGAGAGGGUGGUUGGACACCGGUGCCCAUCGCUUCGCUGAAGCCACUCAGCUUUUAUCCCCGCGCUUUUUCAGUGGUCAACACGACCAAGGUCUUAGGGGCUAAGGUCUGCUCAACCUUCCCGUGAGGCUCGCUGUACAUAGACCUCAUUGGAGGCGUGGUGCACGCACGCCAGCGACACACAAGCACAAGCGUACGCGUGUGGCCGUGCUGUUUUCUCAGCCGUUGUGCAAGACAUUCACCGAAAGCUGCUAUUUUCCUUCACCUUGUACUUGUACUUUAUUUUUUCUACAUUUUUUUUUUUACAUGUGGGGUAUACACCAUGUGUUAAAUAUGCAAUAAAUUGUUUACAGGAUGCUCUUGUAAAGGGUGGUCCUUUGUAAAGCUGUACAGACUUUGCAGUUUAAGCACAAUGUGCACAUGUUAGUUUUAUAUACGGCGAGACGUGACUUUUUGCAGAGGGAAAGGUUCUACUAUGUUUAUAUACAAAGUAAAUGGAUCAAUGUUUGUGCUUCAUGUAAAGCUGCUUUAUAAGAUUGUAAAAUAAAGGUUUUUUUUUUUUUUUUUAUCUUAAGGUAAA